AUGGCGGCCUUGCUUCUCUUUUAUCUCAUCCUUCUCUCUGCCCUCUCUCUCUCCUCCUCUCUUUCUUCCCAAACAAUCCAAAACGCCGCCGCCGUACUCUCCGACGCCGGCUUCGACUCCAUGGCUCUAACCCUCCAGCUCGCCUCAGACUCCAUAAUUCCCUCAUCCAAUCAAACCGUUACCAUCUUCUCGCCUUCCGAUUCGGCUUUUGCUCAAUCGGGUCAGCCUUCCCUCUCCCUCCUCCAGUUCCACUUCUCGCCUCUCACUUUCUCACUACAGAGCCUCCAAUCACUCCCCUUCGGAACCAGGAUUCCAACGAUGUUUCCCGGCCACUCGCUCGCCGUCACGACCACAGAAUUCGAUGACCAAAUUUCGCUGAACAAUGUCUCCGUUGAUCGCUCGCCGAUUUACAAUGACCACUUUCUGAUCAUUUAUGGGAUUCAUAGUUUCUUUGAUCUGAAAUUUGAACUUAAGGAAUUCAAUCCAAGCGUCAGUCCCAUCCCUAAUCUUGACUGCAUAGCGACGGAAGUUCCGAAUGUUUCCGGAUCUUUUUCCUUUGACGAACCUUUGGAAUUUCUGAGGCUCACAGGAUACUCUGUGAUGGCUUCUUUUCUUGAUUUGCAAUUGAUGAAAGAAUUCAAGGACCAGACCAAGUUGACGAUCUUUGCUCCGAUUGACGGGGUGAUGAUCAACCACGUCGGAAAUUUUAGUGAGUACUCGUCGCUGUUCCUUCGACAUGUUCUUCCUUGCAAGCUAAAGUGGACUGAUUUGGGGAAUUCAGAUGAUGGGACCAAGUUGCCGACAUUUUUGGAAGCCUACACGAUUGAUGUCACGAAAUCCGGCGACGCAGUGAUGUUGAACGGAAUUCCGAUUGUAUUUCCAGACAUGUACUUCGGCGACUGGCUUGUAGUUCACGGCCUCCAUGAAAUUCUUCCGGCGCCGGAAACACCAGAACAUGAAGCCGAAUCCUUGUGGGAAAUUGGAGAGAUCGAGGAUGAGGAUGAGGAGAAGGUAUCCGAUCGCGAAGAAUUUUAA